CUUUCAUUUCUCUCUUUAGUUGUGUUUUGUUGCUUCACGGAAAAGGACGUUCGUGGAGACGAAAGUGAUGAAAAUAUGACGUCAAAAUGGCAAAAGUUUCGUUUGUUAAUGUGGAAAAAUUAUCUGCUCCAAUGGCGACAUCCAUUCCAAACAAUUCUUGAAAUUGCAAUACCAGUUCUCUUCAGUGCUUUGUUGGUGCUCAUCAGGAGCUUAGUAACGCCCGAUGUAUUCCCCGAUCCAACAAUUUUUCAACCUCUCGGCCUUAUUGAUAUAUCAGAAACGAUUACCAUGAAGGCGAGGAAAUUUGCUUUAAAAUUUCUAUCAUUUGCAAAGAAAUCAAAUGCAACACAAUUUACAAGUUUGACUAGGGAGCUCGUAUAUUCACCAGCUAAUGCUCAACUUGAUAGCUUGUUCAAUUUAGUUGGUGAACUUGUUCGUCCAUUUUUGACAAUUGAUUCAGUUGCAAACUCAUCAAUGUUAGAACCAAGAAUAGUUCAAGCGAAUUCGUAUGUUGGAGUUGAGUUUCCCGAUUCUUAUGCUAAUAUAACAUCGUUACCUGAUGAUCUCACUUAUGCCAUUCGAUAUCCUGGAGAAUUGAGACGCACACAAGGAGCUACUAAUCCUUUGUGGUUUAAUUGGCGAACAGAUUUUCUUUUUCCGCAAUUUCAACCAGGUGGUCCAAGAAAUCACGCUUUUCAACACGAUGGCGUUCCUGCUGGUUAUUAUGUUGAAGGAUUUGUUUUCAUUCAAAACUUCAUAUUUAAAUCAUUCAUGAAACUUAAAAAUUAUGUUGGAUUAGAUUUGGAAGAACAAAUUCCGAAUAUUCUAUUGAGGAAAUUUCCUUAUCCACCGUUUGUCUUUGAUGUUUUAUUACAAGGACUUCAAACACUUGUUUCACUUUUUAUCUUAUUAAGUUUCGUUUAUCCUUGCAUCAACAUCAUCAAAUACAUAACAACAGAAAAAGAGAAGCAAUUGAAGGAAGCGAUGAAAAUCAUGGGAUUAGAUUCUUGGCUUCAUUGGACAGCAUGGUUCGUCAAAUGCUUCAUCUACAUGCUUAUAACUGUGACAUUAAUGGUUAUUUUGCUAAAAGUUCGAUGGUAUGGCCCAGACAAUCCAAACUCAGUAUUCACAUACAGCUCGGCGUCAGUUUUGUGGGUUUUCUUACUCUUGUACAGCAUCACAACAAUCACAUUUUGUUUCAUGUUGAGCGUGUUCUUUUCAAAAGCAAACACAGCAGCAGCAGUUGCUGGAUUAAUUUGGUUUUUAACAUAUUCGCCUUACACGUUCAUUCAACAACGUUAUGACACCAUCUCGCUUGCAACGAAGAUCUCGUUGAGUUUAUUCUCAAACACAGCAAUGGCACUUGGCUUCAACGUAGUCGUUCGAUAUGAAGGAACUCAGGAAGGCGUGCAAUGGAGCAACGUUUUCAAACCAGUGUCAGUUGAUGACAGUUUUCAUCUCGGCUUUGUCCUGAUCAUGUUAAUUGUUGAUGCUAUUUUGUAUCUUUUAAUUGCACUUUACGUCGAAAAGAUUUUCCCCGGUGAUUACGGAGUUCCUGAAAAAUGGUAUUUCCCUUUCACUGCAAGAUAUUGGUGCGGUGUUGCUGACUUUACUGGCGUUCAUGAUAUCAAUGCUAACAAUGUUGAGCAAAGAAAUGCAAACUACGAAAUCGAACCAAAGAAUAAAAUUGCUGGCAUUCAAACGAAAUCUUUAAGAAAAGUUUAUGACAAUGACAAAGUUGCUGUUGAAGGAUUAAAUCUUAACAUGUAUGAAGAUCAAAUAACUGUUUUGUUAGGACACAACGGAGCUGGAAAAACGACAACAAUGUCAAUGCUAACAGGAAUGAUCUCACCAACGAGUGGAACUGCGAUAGUAAAUGGAAAAGAUAUUCGUACAGAUAUCCACGCUGUUCGUUCAUCAAUCGGUCUUUGUCCACAACAUAACAUUCUCUUCGAUGACUUAACAGUUCGCGAGCAUAUUGAAUUCUUCAGUCGAUUGAAAGGUUUGAAUAAAGGCGAAGUUGAUCAUGAAGUAGAAAAGUAUGUUAAGCUUUUAAAUCUUGAGAAUAAAAUUGAUGCGAGAGCCGGAAGUUUAUCAGGUGGAAUGAAACGAAAGCUGUCAGUUGGCAUUGCUUUAUGCGCAGACUCAAAAGUUGUUCUUUUUGAUGAGCCAUCGAGUGGAGUUGAUCCAUCCGCACGUCGUGCAUUAUGGGAUUUGUUACAGCUGGAAAAGAAUGGACGAACAAUUCUUCUAAGCACACAUCACAUGGAUGAAGCAGAUGUUCUUGGUGAUCGCAUUGCUAUUAUGAGUCAGGGACAUCUUCGAGCAGUUGGUUCACCUUUCUUCUUAAAGAAACAGUUUGGCGUUGGAUAUCAUUUGGUUUGUGUAAAGAAAUCAAGAUGUGAUAGCGCAAAUGUAACAACUUUAUUACGAAAUUACAUUCCAAACAUCAAAAUCGAGACAGACAUUGGAACUGAACUUUCUUAUCUUCUUGAUGAACAAUAUGUUUCCGUGUUCCAAACAAUGCUUCACGAUCUUGAAGAAAAUUCUGAGUCACUUGAACUUGAAAGUUAUGGAAUUUCAUUGACGACAUUGGAGGAAGUUUUUCUGAAGGUUGGCUCUGAUAACACCAAUGAGUCUAAUGGAAUUGAAAGAACACCAGAAAUUAAGAAUGGAAAUGGACACAUAAGUGAAACUGAACGCGGAGUAAACUUUUAUAAUUAUUCAGACACUCUGACGCUUUUAAAGGGAAUGCUUCUUUACUUUAAUCAAUAUAUGGCUUUAAUGGAGAAGAAGAUUUUAAAUUCGUGGCGUAAUUUGCUGUUGCUGUUCAUUCAAAUCAUCAUUCCAGUCACAUUUAUAACGAUAACAAUUGUAAUCGUACGAACAUGGGGCGGAAAUAAAGAUUUACCACGGAAAGAUUUCACAAUCACAACUUAUAAUCCAACAGUGACAACUGUUCAAUUUGAUCCAACGGCAUGGGCUGAUUCCAUUGAAUCAAAGAUAUUUGAGAAUUAUCGCGAUCAAUUUGCCGGACAAUCGCAAUCAAGUCUUGAUGUCAUUCAUGGUGAUAUGAUUGAACAUUAUCUGGAUAAAUCAAAGCAAUUUUUAGCUCGCGUUAAUAAUCGUUAUCUGUUUGGUGUUACAAUUGAAAGUCCCAACAUUACAGUUUGGUACAACAAUCAACCUUAUCAUUCAUCACCAAUCAGUUUGAGUUUAAUUCACAAUGCAAUUCUAAGAACUGUCUCAGGGAAAAAGUGCAGUAUUUCAGUAUCUAACAGGCCUUUACCUUAUCGUGCCGAAUCACGAAUGAUGAUGUUACAAGCUGGAAAUAAUUUAGGAUUUCAACUUUCAUUUAACAUUGGAUUCGCCAUGGCAUUUGUUGCAUCAUUCUUUGUCAUCUUUUACAUUAAAGAACGUGUGACCAAAGCCAAACUCUUGCAAUUUGUCAGUGGAAUUAAUGUGGCGAUGUAUUGGAUGACUGCUUUCUUAUGGGAUUUUCUGAUCUUUUUAAUAAUCGCAUUACUCAUGACAAUCACGAUUGGCGUUUUUCAAGAAGAUGGUUACAGUACAAUUGAAGAGUUAUCGAGAAUAUUCCUCGUUCUGAUGAUGUUUGGAAUUGCAGUUUUACCUUUCCUUUACAUUGCAUCGUUCUUCUUUAAUGCACCUGCGUCUGGAUUCACAAAGAUGUCAAUUAUCUUCAUAUUCUUCGGUGUUGCGAUGUACACAGUCGUGUUCAGUAUGAGAUUUGAUGGGUUCGAUCUUCAACAUGUCGCAGAUACUUUAACAUGGAUAUUCUUAACAGUUCCACACUUUGCCUUAUCAAAUGCAUUUAGCAACAUUAAUGUGAUCAACGUUUUGAUUGGUAUAUGCGAUAGACAAUGCGAAAUAUUUGGGAUUUGUGGUGAUGAGCUUUGCAAAGCGAAUAAAAGUUGUUGCAAUCUUGAUUUCUUCAGCUGGGCAGAACCAGGAAUAUUACGAAACAUUGUUUAUUUCUUUGGUGUCAGUGUCGUUGCCUUUACGAUUCUUUUCCUCAUUGAAUUUAGAAUCUUUGAGGUCAUUUAUUAUUACAUUCGAAUGUGUUACCGAGCAGCUGUGGGAUUAUGUUGCAAAAGUUGUCUUCGCGUUCCACCAGUUCCAAGAGAUAGCGCUGAAGGUGACAAUGAUGUGAAGUAUGAAAAGGAAAGAGUUAAUGCAAUGAUGAAUGAUGAUCAUCCUAACUACAAUCUUGUGAUGAGAAAUGUUUCAAGAUAUUACAAAGAUUUUUUGGCUGUUAAUCAGCUUUGCGUUGGAAUUAAACAUUCAGAAUGUUUUGGACUUUUGGGUGUAAACGGAGCUGGUAAAACUUCGACAUUUAAAAUGCUAACUGGUGAUAUUAAAAUAUCCCAUGGAGAAGCAUGGGUUCAGGGAAUAAGCUUAAAAACAAAUAUGAAAGAAGUUCAUAAGCGUAUCGGAUAUUGCCCACAAUUCGAUGCAUUAAUUGAUGACUUGACAGGAAGGGAAACUUUGAGACUUUUUGCUUUGUCAAGGGGAAUUCCAAAGUUUAAGCUUGACGACGUCAUCAAAAAGCUUUCAUCGGACUUUAAUUUCACACAACAUUUAGAUAAGCAAGUUAAAGCUUACAGUGGUGGAAACAAAAGAAAGUUAAGUACAGCAGUUGCACUGCUUGGUAAUCCUGUGAUUAUUUAUCUUGACGAACCAACAACAGGAAUGGAUCCUGGAGCAAAAAGAAACCUUUGGGAUGUUAUGUGUAAUGUACGAGAUUCUGGUAAAACAAUUGUACUGACGAGUCAUUCAAUGGAAGAGUGUGAAGCACUCUGCACACGUUUAGCAAUAAUGGUUAAUGGUGAAUUCAAGUGCCUUGGAUCGACACAACAUCUUAAAAAUAAAUUUGGCGAAGGCUUCUUUUUGACGUUGAAGCUUAAAAGAAUUUCUUCGUUCGAUGAAGAGUCUCGAACAGAAUCGCAAGAAAUGUUUGGAGAAAAGAAAGCUGUGAAAGAUUUUGUUAAAACCAAAUUCAAAGAUGCUGUUCUUAAGUACUUUUAUCGUGAUUUUCAUGGUAAAAUGAACACAUUUGAAACUUUAGAGAAUCGAUGUCGCGUCUGUGCUUUAGAGUUGAGUGAUUUAACUUGUUCGAUUCCAAUAUUUGGAGAUUCAUCAGCAAGCUUUUUUCUCCAAACAAAAAUAUCAAAAUAUCUUUACAUCACCGUGCUCGAAGAUGACUUGUUACCGAAGAAAAUAUGCGCAACAUGUUUUUUAAAGAUCGAAUCGAUCGACAAGUUUGCAUUCUCAGCGGCAAAGAAUCAGGAAUGCUUUACAUCGUGGCUACAAAACAAUUACAAAACAAAAAAUGAUGUCACGCAAACAACAAUUGAAACUUCUACAAAUUCGGAUUUUAGCUUUAGUAACAUCACGAUUAAGAAGGAAUUUAAUGACCGACAACAAAUUGUUUUUCAACCACAGAAAACCAGAAAUCCAAGGCAUGUUGAUCAUAUCACAUUGGAGCAAAUUAUCAAUGAUCAAAUAAUUAAAAAUCCAAAACUGCCGGCAAGCACGACGAUAACAAAAAUUGAAGAGCCUAAUAGGCAGAAGAAACUACAACAAAAGGUUGAUUGUCCAAACAAUAUUUCAAUCGUGACAUACAACAAUCUUCAAAUCGGUCAGCUGAUUAAAGAUGCAGAACUAUUAAAGUUGAUUUUAAGAGCUCUUAAAUGGGAAGAAUACGAUCGCAAAGCGACUUAUCAAGAAUUGAUUGAACGACUUCGACGUUCCAAUUGUCGUGACAUAUUGACAAAUAAAAAUUUACUAUCUGACAAUGACGUUGUGCAAUUACUUCGCUCGUACGUAAAUGACUCGAUGUUGAUGAAUCUCAAAGUAGCAAAUACACAAAAAUCAUCACCGCAUCAGAAUAUUUCAAAACUGUUUCAGUCUCAGCCCGUCCUACUUGUCGCACCUUCUCAACAAACUCAAAAUCAACAAGUGAAUGCUAAUACAUGUGCCAUCAAAUCAUCGACUAUAAGUCGUGAUGAAAAUGUAACAAUAAGUGAAUCAAUGGAAGUUUCGGUUGAUCCGAGAAUGUUUCUCGAAGAUGAAUCUAUUACAAUCGAAGAUGAUGAAGAAACCGUUUCAGCAGCAGAAGCUAAAAUUGAAACUGCAAAAUUGAAAAUAUUAAAAGAAGAAAAUGAGCAAGAAUGUGAACCGAUAAAACAAAUGAGUGAGAAAAAAGUUACGUUCAAAGAUAUUGAAGAAAGUGAAAAGGAUAUCAUUGAGAAAUUUGUUUGUUCAUCAUGUCCGGAGAGUUUUGUAUCUGAUGCAGAACUUCGAAAUCAUAUUUCAACUCAUGUAAUAACUUCAACGUCUUCAGCUUCAAGCUCUAAAGUUUCUCAAAGUGCCAUCAAGAAAACAUUGAAAAAGAAGAAAACGAAAGAUGAGAAGUUAAGAUUGCGUCGGCGGAAGAUUGUCAUCAGAAUUAAUCCAACGUCAUCUAGAAGAAAUAUUCGUGAAAGGGCGAAAAUUUUGCCAAAAUUUUUAUGUCUCAUUUGUCAGAAAAGCUUAUCGUCGAAAAGAAAUUUGCAGUUGCACCAUGAUACUCACAAAUCAAAUGGAAAAUUCAAAUGUGACGAAAAUGGAUUUAAAUUUUCGUCCUGUGGUUAUUCAACGAUGUCGACAACGUGCGAUAAUACUUCUGGGAAAGAAACGGAUUCGUUUUCUAUGGCGAAUUAUCGUAAAGAUUCAAGUCAUUGUUUUUAUCAGAACCGAGUCAUUCAGCCACUUUUAACAGAUUUAUAUCAGAUAACGAUGGCUUAUGCAUAUUGGAAGUCUGGAAAGACGAGUGACUAUGCUGUUUUCGAUCUUUUCUUUCGAAACAAUCCUUUUCAUGGUGAAUUCACAAUUUUUGCUGGCCUUGAAGAAUGUUUGAAGUUCUUAAAAAACUUUCACUACUCUUCGGGUGACAUCAAAUAUUUGAAAACUGUGCUUCCUGAAGGAAUUGAAGAAGAAUUCUUUGAGUAUCUUGGAAAGUUGACUGCAAAAGAAGUGACACUUCAUUCCCUCGCCGAAGGAUCAGUUGUGUUCCCAAGAAUCCCGCUGAUUAAAGUUGAAGGACCUCUAAUCAUUGUUCAACUCCUCGAAACAACACUUUUGACACUUGUUAAUUAUGCAAGCUUGAUGGCAACAAAUGCAGCUCGUUAUCGUAUGGUCGCUGGACCAGUUGUUAAGCUAUUAGAAUUUGGAUUGCGAAGAGCUCAAGGGCCCGAUGGAGGCCUUUCUGCCUCCAAAUAUGCUUAUAUAGCAAAUGAAAUUAAAUAUCAUAUUGUAAUCAAAGAAAAGUACCAAUACUGAUCGGAAGAGCGUCGUGUAGGGAAAGNAUUAGAAUUUGGAUUGCGAAGAGCUCAAGGGCCCGAUGGAGGCCUUUCUGCCUCCAAAUAUGCUUAUAUAGGUGGAUUUGAUGGCACUUCAAAUGUUUUGGCUGGAAAAUUAUUUGACAUUCCAGUUAAAGGAACACACGCUCAUGCAUAUAUCACAUCCUUCACUGGAUUUGAUGAAUUGAUUAAUAAAGAGCUUCCACAUAAAGAUUCAGGAAUAUCAGCUGAUUUAUUAACUCUUGCUGUGAAACAUCGAACGAAUCUUGCAAACGUAUUGCAUAUCAGCACAGCUGAAGCUAGCGAUGGUGAACUUGCUGCUAUGGUUUCAUUCGCCAUGGCUUUUCCAAACGGAUUUAUGGCCUUAGUCGAUACGUACGACGUUAAACGUUAUCCCGAAUGUGGAAAAUUGUUGGUGAAUGGUCUCAAAUAUAGAAAACCCAAAAGUCGACAGAAGGAAUUGAAUAACGACGCGAGCGUCAACAAAUGUAAUGGAAUAUUGCAUUCAAUAUCGAAACCACCAGCCUUUGUUGGGGAGUCAUUCAGAUCGGGGAGAAGUGGAUUGCUGAACUUUUGUGCUGUUGCUUUGGCUUUACAUGAUCAAGGAUAUCGUCCAAUUGGAAUUCGAAUUGAUUCGGGAGAUUUGGCUUACUUGUCAUGUCUUGCACGAUCAAACUUUGUUAAUGUCUCCAAACACUAUGAUUUGCCAUGGUUUGCUGACUUGACGAUUGUUGCUUCUAAUGACAUCAAUGAAGAAACAAUUCUCAGCUUGAAUGAACAGGGUCAUAAAAUUGAUUGUUUUGGCAUUGGAACACAUUUGGUGACAUGUCAAAAGCAACCUGCUUUGGGUUGUGUUUAUAAACUUGUUGAGAUCAAUCGACAGCCUCGUAUUAAGCUGAGUCAAGAUGUUGAGAAGGUCACGAUGCCGGGUCGGAAGAAUGUCUUCCGAUUGUAUGGUACUGAAGGUUGGGCUGUUAUUGAUAUUUUACAACGUGAAAACGAAGAUCCACCGCAAGUUGGCGAGAAAGUUUUGUGUCGUCAUCCGUUUCACGAGUCCAAGAGAGCUUACGUGACACCAGCAAGAGUCGAAGCUCUUUUCAGAAUAUAUUGGCAAGAUGGUGUCAUACGUCAACCAGUUCCGACACUAGAAGAAGUCAGAGCCCGUGUGCAAGAAUCGUUAAGCACACUUCGUCAAGAUCAUCUGAGACAUUUAAAUCCAACUCCUUACAAAGUUGCUGUCAGUGACAAACUUUACAACUUUUUGCAUGAUCUAUGGCUUCAAAAUCAACCGAUCGGAGAACUUUCGUGAUAAAUCUGGAAUCCCGAUCAUUCAUUCCACCAUCGAUAUCAUUCACUUGCACAAAGCAUUUUCAUAGUCAUUUUGAAGAUGUGAUGAAACUUUUCUUUUAUGAUUUACACUUGUUGGUAAUGGAAAUUAUUUUUAACUCAUUAAAAAUUGUAAAAAAGACAAGAAAGAGUAAGUUUCGAAUUGAUAUUGAGUUUAUAAAAGAAAGAUUUGAUAAUCGGGAGAAUUGAUAUUAAAACAAUUAAAGAAUUGUUAGGUAAGAAUGUGUUCAUGAGGAUUUUUAACUGAAAAGAUGAAGAAUUUGUUCAAGAUUAAAUAUUAAAUUAAUUAAGCAUUAAUAGAUAAUGAAAUAAUGUCAUUAAAUUAUCAGAAAUUUAUCUUGCACUCAGUAGACAAAUCACAAGUAAAAUUAAAAAAUUACAAGACACGUACCUUAACUAUCUAAAAGUAAUUUUUUGAAAAACUAAGAAAAGUUUUAAUUAGCUUUUCUUAAUUAUAAUUUAUUACGUAGUUUUGACUGCUUUGAUAUUAAAAAUAUUCCCGAAAUUUGCAUUGUUUGUCUUUGAUUAAGUCAUUGGCAUUACUUAGAUUUAAAACUCAACAAAAUAUUCAACAUUUCAACAGUUUAUAAGUGCCUUGAAAAUAAAAAGCAAAUUCAUCGUUAAAUUUUAGUUUAGUUUAGAAUUUUAGAUUCCAUCGUUAAUUAAAUUUAAUGCUUGUAUUGAAUGUCUUUUAAAUAUUCAUUCGAUUGGGAAAAAGAGUAAACUUUAUGAACUGCUUCUCAGAAUGCUUUAAUUGUUAUGAUUUUAUAUUGAAUUUAGUGCUUACGUGCUGCAAUUUAUUUAUGCAAUAUAAAUUAAAAUAAUUAUGUUGUGAAAAUUCAAAGAGUACCCAAAUAAACAGAAUGCAAAAUGAAAAAAUCAGAUUUC